AUGGCUGAGAAAGGUCAAGAAAGGCAGCCAAAAUCCCUAUGUAUAAUAUUAUGGGAGUACGUCUGUGGCAAACAAACUGAGCCAACUAUAUUCAAAUUACCUGAAUGUCUGAUCUAUGAAAUAUUCAAACUGCUCUCUCCAGUCGACAAAGUCUGUUUUACUUUGAGCUGCAAACUAUUCCUCAACAUCCUAAGUCCAACUUCUCAUCAGUUCAAGUUCACAGGGCCUUUUAAGGCUGAGACACAUUCUCUAUAUCUGAACUGGCCGGCUGCAGCACGAAACAAACUCUUGGUUCGACUGGAAAAUGCUCGCUGGGCAUGUUGCUGCGCAUGUCUAAAGUUGCAUCCACGAGAAGAAUUUUCCUGCAAAUCGCUGCAAAGUCCGCCUUUAGAAAGACGUUGCAUGUACAAUGCAGGUAUAGUUGAUCUAUGUCCUUGUCUCUCGUUUACAUUUCGCGAUCGAUCACGGCUUGUGAAGCUGUUAAAAGAUGCCGCUAAAGGUGCCGCCUCGAAAUCUAUUACGGACCGUUGGCGUAAGUUCCACGUCACACUCACCGAUGAUGGGGAAGGCCUUGUGCAUGAGUGUUCGAUAACUCGAGAUGACUAUGUUUGGACCCAUGUUGAGAUAAAAUUAUACCUUUCGACGUACGAACAUCUGCGUACGGAUACUCGAUACACCAUUCAUAUGAACCCGGGCCCUAAUAGGGUUGUUUCGAACAACCCAAAACAGUUGCGCCCUAAUACCAAUAUUUUUGCAUGUCCUCACAUAGAACUUUUCGGUCACAUUACGAAGAUUCAGAGUUGGAAUACAGAAUACGACUAUUGCGUUCGCUGCAGGACUCAGCUCGACCUCCUUCCUGAAUCCUGUCAAAACAUGAUUAGUGUACUUGUCUCUCGAGCGUUGGGAACCUCCAGCUGGCCGGCAGAUAUAGAAUGGAAUAACCAGUGCCGCGAGGUUGAGUAUUGA